AAAAUGCUCCUCCAGAGCAUAAUGAUACUUCCUGCAUACCGUCCCGGGAUGGAAGUGGAAUGACUCAAUGUUGUAUCAAGGGUCUCCUUUUGAAAGUCAGAGGUUUCAAACAGCUUCUCAUCUGAAUGCUAAAAAGCGCCUCUCGUCCUCCUCCUCAACGACCCCAAGCCAUCCCCACGCUCCGUUCUUUAUGAUUUGAAUCCACGUUGCGUUUCGCUGGCCGUUCCCCCCCCCCCGUCUGCUGACAGAGGCGGGCACAUUUCCAAGCUCCCUCCAGCAGGUGCAGCCCGCCUCUCUCGCUCGCUCUCUCUCCAUCUUCCCGCCUCCCUCUUCUCACUCGUCCUCUGCCUCUCCAGGCGGCAGCUGCGUGCGCGCUCGCCAGCAUCUCGGCCAUCGACCCGUCUUCGGACGUCGCUAGCCUCCGCGGGGUGACGCCGAGGGCUGCCGGGGCGGGGAGGGGAGACAGAGGGUCUUUGCAUUUGGGAAUCUCGAGAUUGGAGUUUUGAUUUGAUUUUGAUUUUUUGAUUUUUUUUUUUUUUUUUUUUUUUUUGCUUUGGAAUUUCUCCUGUGCCGGAAUGUUCCCACUGCAUCGCUCGUCAUCUGGGAGGGAAAUGUGAUCCAAAGCCGUCUGCGCAAAGGACGCGGGAUCAUGCGUUGCUUGAGCGGAAUAAUCCGCCCUGUGAUAGCGCUCCGUGACAAAACCCCCCCUCCAUCCCGCUGCCCUCCUCCUCCUCCUCCUCCUCCUCCCCCCGCCACCACCGCUUCUGCGCUCUGAAUUGUUGCUUUUUUUGCGAUGGGACAAACACCGGAGUCUACUGCCAUGGGGGGUCAAAUAAAAAAAGAAGAAGGCAGAGUAGAAUAGAAGCAGGAGAAGGAAUUCUGGGACAGUCAAAGUCCACAGGGAGACGGAAUUGUGGCGCCGUGGGACCGUGACAGGGCAAACGCUGCUGGAUCAUCCCGCAUCUGGGAAUUGCAUAUUUUCCUGCACACACACACUCGGGCAUGGCGAGGCGUACGCGUGCAUGCUAAAUAGGAAUCGGGUUUGGAUUUUUUUAUUUGUAUUUAUUUAAUUUUUUUUGCUGCAGCGCCGCGCUCCCAUGCUCGGAUACAAAAGCUUCCCACUCUCCCGUCUGCUCCCGUGUCGUCGUCUUCUCCGCUUUCUUCCCGUCCGCUCCAAGUUGAGAGUGGGUCGGGACUCGAAGGCAGACUGAUCGGCCGAUUGUCUGCGCACGCCGACUGUCCCUGCAUGUUCCUCUCGCCCUCUUUGCCUUCCCCGUGCGUGGAUUAUCAGCGUAUGCAGUCAUCUCCACCUCGGUCCGUAACGUUUGUGACACAUGCCGAGCGCAGGAUUAACCCCCGUUGAGCCAUAAAGAAGAUGAGCGAGUGUUCCAGGGCCGCCGGGACGGGCACGGUGAUCCUGGAGGAACCGGAGCCGUCGGGGACCUCGGGUGCCUCCGGGGCCCGCGCCGAGGGCCCGGCCCGAGACCGGGGCCCUUUGGGGUGCGCUCUGUGGCCCCGCCAGCAGACGUGGCUCUGCGUGGUUCCGCUCCUCAUCGGAUUCAUCGGGCUGGGUUUGAGUCUGAUGCUCCUCAAGUGGAUUGUGGUCGGGACCGUGCGGGAUUACGUACCGACAGACCUCGUGGAUGCCAACCGGAUAGGACAGGACCCAAUCUUCCUCUCCAAGCCAAGCGGGAUUCCCAAAGGGCCCGAGACUACUACUACCACCCCCAGCACCACCACUACCACUCCUAUAGUUGACCACACGCCGAAAAGCGUAACUGUCGGGAGAGGUAGAACUCGAUCUACCGAUACCACCACCGCUAGCCCCGGAGCAGGCGGGGCCUCGGGUAGCCUGGCGACCCCUCGGAAUCACGGAAAUCGGAACGGACGUCUUCCGGUGGGUUUUACCACGCCGCCUCGGACCACCCUGAGAAACGGGGCGGCCGCGUCCGGUCCGCCUCCGUCUAAUCCUACCGUGCUCCACGACUCCACGCAGAUGUGGACUUCGGAACAUACUACCGCAGGGGCCACCACCACCGCCGCCCACCGGCACGGACACCGCAAAACACCGUCCCCGACGGUGCCGCCUUUGCGCUCGGAACAUUUCAAGCCGUGUCACGACAAGGACUUGGCCUACUGCCUCAACGGCGGAGAAUGCUUCGUCAUCGAGACCCUCAGCGGACCUCACAAGCACUGCAAGUGUCGCGAAGGCUACCAGGGCAUCCGCUGUGAUCAGUUCCUGCCCAAGACCGACUCCAUCCUGUCGGAUCCAAACCACCUGGGCAUCGAGUUCAUGGAGAGCAAGGAGGUGUACCGGAGGCAGCUGCUGUCAAUCACGUGCAUCGCCAUGGCGAUCGGCCUCCUGGGCGCGCUCUGUGUCGCCCUCUACUGCCGAAACAAGCGUCGGCGGGAGAAGCUUCAAGCUCACCUGAAGGAAAGUCGAAGUGUGAAAAACUACACCACGAGCGUCAACAACAUCUUCGACUCCAAGUCCGGGAACAGCAAAGCCGACAUCAGAAUGCACCAGUAUUGUAAACGUUCUCCAGCUGGUCGUCACGGCGACACGCGUGAGUCCAGAUUCACGCCGGCCAGAAGCAGCGUGAAGCUCGUCGCGGAGCAGAGGACUCUGGCAGCCCAUUGGUCGGCCACUCGCAGGACUCCGCCCAUCCCCAGAGGAUGUCCCAGAGCUUUCGGUCCGGCCUAUCAGCACCUCCGAGAGGCGGAGCUUACCGAGAGGGAGGCUGACGCGCCGCACAGUUACGUCCAUCAGGAGGAGCCUCGCCGGCCUGAGCCCCGACAUGAAGCCCCGGUAAAUAUGCAAUCCGCCGUCGACGCGCCGUGGCGUUCGCCUCCCAACGGCGCCCCCCGAAGCACGGGGAACCCCACCCGCCGCUCGGCCUCCGUCCCCAUCAUCCCGCCCGUCCAGCGUCGCCACGACGACGAAGUUUCCUGUAUGCAAACUACAGUGAUGUCAUCAAACGGCGCCGCGCCCCACCAGGAAGUCGCCGGCGAGCGCUCCACGGCGGCGGUGUGCCAGCGGCGCCGUGAGGAUGAGGAGCGCGAAGCGGCGCGGCCGCCUCGCCGGGCGCAGGAGAACCUUUGGGCCUCGGCGCACAGGGGGCAGGAGGAGGGCCACGGCGCCCCCUGUGGCGGCCCGGCGCUGGCGCAGGCCAGAGAAACUGUUUGCUUCCUCAACCUUCACGUGGGCGUGGCCGGGAGGGCCACGCACACUCAGUUGCUCAGAGAGCCGGACCAAUAAAAAGACGGCAAAAGUCGCCGUCGUUGGAUAAAAGAAGAAUCGGCACGGAAUUCUGCAGCCGGGAAGAAGAAAAAAAGGAAUUCAUUUAUUUCCAAAACACGACGAAAAAGAUACCAAAUAGCCCGUCGCUCCAUGGUGGUUUUCACUGUACAAAGAAUAUAUGAAUAUAUAUAAAUAUUAUAUAUGGAUAUAAAUAUAUGGAAUUCCAAAAGUGACCAAGUUGAAGAACAAGGACAGGAAUGAUCCUUUUUCUUUUUCCUCCUCCUCCGUUUUGUAUGAUGAACGGCGUCACGAUCGCCGACGCCGAGACGAUGAUGGCUCGUCGGACAACAAUCGCACUGUGUGUGUGUGUGUGUGUGCGUGCGUGCGUGCGUGCGCGCUUCCACCCCCGUUUUUUUAAUAGUUGCCAACGGUCACUACGGCGUGCACAUCGACAAAAGGAAGGAAGGACACGAGGAGAGAAGGAAGCACAUUUCUCAAUUUCUGUUUCUCAAUUAAUUUUGCAUCGACGUGAGUUUGACGAGCGGCGCCACCCGGUGGGCUGGCUGUUUGGGUGUCGAAACAAGAAAUAAAUGUGUCUAUGUUGUAUCCUCACCGUGACGAGCGCUCUUUGUGUGCGUUACGAGAACCGUCGUCAUCGUCAUUUCAGACAACAAAACUGUACGAUGUCCUUUAGUUACAUAAUUACAGAAUGCAUGAAAAUAGAUCACGGCACAUGUUGAAUGAAAAGUUCAAAAGGUUUGAAAUUAUGAUAUUGGGAUGACUGAGUUGACUUUUAUUAUUUCUUGCUGUGCUCCAGUCGUUUGGGGCAAAACAUUGAAAAGAACCAAUGAGUGUUUUGUAAAUAAACAUGGACCAGCGAAUUUGUCCGUGUGAAUGACGAGAGGGCCAAUUAAAAUAAAGCUUGUCAAUUUA